AGCAACUUGUUGCGUCCCGAACAAAUAACCCAUAAAUUUUGUUCUUAGAUCUCUUAUACAUUUAACAGUGGAAUGUACGUGUUUUUUAAUAUGCCGUGAUGCCGUUUUAGUAAAAACCAUUCAAGUAGAUAAACGUCGCUUCCACCAACACUCAAGGCUUAUUGACACAGCGCUCCCACAAUCUAACAUGGCGCUCCUGAGUACCGUUCCAGUCAAAGAGAUAGAGAAUACUUCCACUUAAACUCAGGUGUCUCGUGCUUAGUUGACCGUUACGUUAAACCCUGUGUAGGUACAUCAGGUUCGUGGAAGUUUCUUUUAGGUAAAUAUUGUCUCAGCUGUGGUUGUUUUCCAACUCCCGAAAAUAAACAUGUCCAUCUGCCACUGACGCAUGUCGAUACCGUUUUAUCGAUAGUGGCGAGGUACACAAUGAAAAAAUGAUUUGAUAGCUGGUGUGUCAGACUUUUACAAAGGAAUGUUGGCGGAGAUAUGCGUGGUUUCACACUCGACUGUGCCAGUAAAGUUUGACGCGUCUGAUUAUGCCAGGAAUAGUGUCACAUGUGGAAGAUCAGUACUCAACAUGGACUGGCCUAGUAUACGUAUUCAACCUCAUUGUCGGCACCGGGGCAUUAACUUUACCAGCCGUUUUCAACCGAGCAGGAUGGCUGCUGGGGCUAACUGUCAUCUGCACAUUGGCUUUCAUAAGCUUCAUUACCGUCACAUUUGUGAUAGAAACCAUGGCUUCAGCAAAUGCCAUUAUGCAGUGGAAACGUUUGCAGCAAAUGAAGAGAGUAAGCCAAACCCUUCUGGCUUUGCAAGUGAAUGAGUCACAAGAUGAAGACAGUGAUGAAGAUCAGCCACUGGUCUCCCCAGGAGUCUCCUGGGAAAAGUUUCCAAGCCAGCUGCAGCGGUACUACAUGAUCCAGGAAAAAAUUGAAAUGGGUCAGAUGGCAUCCCUUUUCUUUACAAGAGGUGGACGGACACUGUUUUUCUUGUGCUUUGCUGUUUACCUAUAUGGAGAUCUAUCCAUCUAUGGGACAGCUGUGGCAAAAUCAUUGGCAGAUGUUGCUUGCACAUACCAACCCGCCAACUAUUCAUGCAACAUGACACUACCAGUAAGUGCACUGUGCUGGGAGAAUUCAGAUAUUACAAGAGCAGAUGCCUACAGGAUCUUUCUUGGAGUAUUCAUCUGUACACUGGGCCCUUUUGUAUUUUUCAAUGUGCAGAAAACAAAAUAUCUGCAGAUAUUGACAUCAGUUAUGCGAUGGCUUGCUUUUGGCUUCAUGACUGUGUAUGCUGCAUACAAACUUAUUGUUGAAGGGCCCAAGGGCCACCCACCAGCUGCCGACCUAUUGGGUGUUCCCAGUUUGUUUGGUGCGUGUGUGUAUUCAUUUAUGUGCCAUCACUCACUGCCUGCUCUAGUCGCGCCAAUAGCAGACAAAUCAAAACUGACACGUUGCUUGGCGCUGGAUUAUUUGCUCAUAACUGUCUUUUAUUUACUGCUCGCCAUGACAGGUGCAUUUGCAUUUCAACAUCUGGAUGACCUCUACACACUAGACUUUGGACCACGAGGCUCAGGUGACUGUAACUCUGAUGAUGUAGGACUUUUAAUGAAAGUGAUAGAGUACUUCCUCGCCCUUUUCCCUGUUUUUACAUUGAGCACAAGUUUCCCAAUAAUUGCAAUAACGUUGCGCAAUAAUCUGAAGUCACUGUUCCUGACAGAUGGCCGUCACUAUAGGUGGUGCAUUCGUAAAGUUGUUUUCCCUCUCCUCGCUAUAGUUCCUCCUUUUGUUGUAGCAUUUACAACUGAAGACCUGAAAAAAUUGGUAGCUAUCACUGGAUCGUAUGCUGGUGCUGGCAUCCAGUAUUUUAUUCCAGCAGCCCUAGUCUUGGCAGCUAGGAAGAAGACAAUGGAAGUAAUAGGGAUGGGUGUGAAAAAUGACUUUUCUUCGCCAUUUUCAGGCAGAGGCUGGGUAAUAUUUGUCAUUAUUUGGGCCAUUGCCUGUUUGAUUCUGGUGUCUGUAAAUUUUAUUAAAAUUUAUGUAAUGUGACUCAGACGUAUUUUUAAUUCCCCUGUUAAUGUGUGUGCUAACUAUUGCAUUUUAAGUAUUGUGGAACAGUCAUUACCAGGAAUUUUUUUUAAAGUAUGUCAUUUUUCACUCUAUUUACUCUUGUACUCUACAUAUGAAAUGCAAAACUUCUGUAGUUCGAAUGACUUCAACCAUUCCAGUUGUUAUAAUGUUCAUUAUUUUCAUUUAUUGUCCAUGGACAGUGUAGUGGUUUAUUCAGUGUUUUAAAUGAUUUACUUCGGUCUUUUAAUUAUGGAGAGAACUUUUUAUGAAAUUUUAAGUGUCUGUUUAUUGUGUUUCCUAAGUUUACAUCUGGUGCUAUGAAGCAAGCCAUCUUUAAUUGUGUGAGCUUCAUAUUAAUUCUCAGUAUGAUAUAAUGGGGCUGUGUUAGUGAUUAAACAAAUCAUAACACAGAAUAGUUUGUUAUGAAGCAAGCAAUGAAGGAAAAGAAACGAAAAGUAAAACCGGGAUUUACUUUUUUUUUAUUUUAGUGUUGUAGAUGAUGACUUAUUUUCUUUCAGACGUUUUAUAUGUAUUUAUCUGGAAACAUGUUUGUAUGAGCACUUGAUAAGUUUAGUGUAUAUAGUUAAAUCAUUUUUAUGUAAUGUUGACACUUGAUGACCAUUUGUAUGUUCAUAAAUGAAUCACACACUCAAGGAUGUUUUCCAUGUCAGUAAGAAUAGCAGUGAGCUUCGGUUCACCUGUAUGUUAUUGAGUUUCAACCAGCCAGCCAGCCAGCCAGCCAGCCAGCAGAGCUACAAAAAAGUUUAUUUGAAUGUCAGAGUGCUUCACUACACCUGGUCCUGUUGUAGGUGGUAUGCCAUUGCCUUCCUCUGACCUCUGAGCUGACUCACCCAGCCAGUUACAGAUGGACCCACAAUUUAACAUGGAUUUCAAACCACCAUGCAGCUCAUCAUUUUUGACACCAACAACAUUAAGAAGUGAUAAGUGACAGAUAAAAAACCUAGGACUGACCAGGAAUUGCAUCUGAAACUUUUGUAUCUGUAGUCUGGCACUUUACCACUGAGCCACCAAGCUAACUAAAAGAGACCAGUAAAGAAUUAUUAAUAGCGGAUGUCUUAGUCACAUAUGAUAGUCGUUAAAGAUCACACCAUUUUUGAAAUGGUGAUGCCACCUUGAUUUGGAUGACAUAUGCGAAUUUAUAAAAAUCAGAACAACUACAUGGGGAUCUAAAGAUGAGAUAUUUAAAUCCUGAAACUGAUGAUGUAAUUUGAAUAUCUAAAAUAAAAGAUGGGAAAGUGGAAAUUUAUCCAGUAUAAAAUUUAGACAAAAAAUAUUUUCUCAGUGUUUGGUAGAAGCAUGUGCCUUCUUGUGUAGUAUAAUGCACUAAUGCAGGGAGGUUCAAAAAAUUUUUUCCAAAUGAGUGACCUAUAUUUUGGUGCCUCCACCCUCCCUCCUUCCCUUUUUUCUCUCCUACACUUCUACCCGUGUCAGUUUUUGCUGCUAAUUGUGGUAUACACUUUAUACAAAUCUUGCACUUGGGCACCCCAAGAGGCCGCUACUAAUUGUGUCAUGUAUAGAAGUCUUACAGAAGUGAUGCUCCUGGUGCCCUCUUCAGCUUGCACCCUAUGUGGCAGCUUGUGUUGCUUUGAUCUAAAAUUGGUCCUUCAUUAAUGAUGUUUUGCUAUUACUGUCCGUAUGUGAAGAACCACAGGGGAAAAGGGACGUGCGAGUGUGUUCGUUUAUUCUUACCGAGUGUGUGAUAAUUUUUGUACUCUUAAUUAAUACUGCUUUGUGACUGACUUUUCAGUGAGUGGUCAUGUACUCACUGUGUUGCCUGAUUUUGGUUUUGUAGUUACACUGCCCUCCACCACUGCAAUCUGUCAGUCAUAAAGUAAUUUUAAUGGGAAUAUAGUAUCAUAAAGAUGAUGAUAAACCUCCAGGUGUGUGUUUCACUUAUGAAUUAAAAAGUAAUUGUUAUUCUCUUACAACCAUCUAUUGUUUUGUAGGGUAAACCUAUAUUAGUUAGACAUCUUCAGCCAUAAUAUAUUCUGUUCAUACAGCAAACAGAGAGAGAUUUGCAUGCAUAUUUUUAAAGAAAAAGUUGUGAAAUGGAGACUUGGAGAAUGAGACAGCUAGAAUAUAUAUAUUUGUUGAGAAAGAGAUAUUGUAUCCAAGGCUGAAAAAAGUAAACAUUCUCAAGGCAAUUAUGUUCAUUGCCACAUCAUAUAAUUGAAAGAUAGUGGUAAGGAAUCCGUGUAAUGCUUAGUAAAAUAUAUGUGCUGUUUGGAAUUGAAUAUAAAGAUUGCAAAAUCUGGGGCCAUAAAUUGUAAUGUUCCGAUCAUGGAAUGAAUCACGUGGGAUAAUGUAUUUUGCCAUGGCUGCUUAUAGUUACUGAUGUUUUGUGGGGUUGACUCAUGGUAUCAGCUCUUAAUGUCACAUUAAAAUUGAUGUAGAAGCUGUUACAGAUGUAGUGCUAGUUCAGUUGAACAGUCACGAAAAAAUAAAUUAGUCAUUGUCUCAUUACAACUACUCUAGGAUUUAAACAGAUUAAAUUGUGUGCUGAACCAGGACUCCAAUCCCGGGACCUAACCUUAUGCAGACAGUGCUCUUUGACCUGCUGAGCUAUCAUGCAUUAUCCCAGUUUUAUUUCUGCUGCAAGGAUAGGUUGUGUCUUAAGUACUCAGUUGGUAAAAGCAUUGGAUGUGAAAUGCAAGAUUCCAGGGGCCACACAAUUUCAAUCUGCUCUGAAGUUUCCAAUCAGUGCACUCUCCACUGCAGAGUGCAAGAUUCAUUCUACUUCAGUAUUUGUAAAAUCAUGGAAAACUUAAAAAUAGUAAUGACUGGAUGAGGAUUUUACAUAUUAUGUUAUUCUCUAGCGUACUAUCUUACUAUUCCAUCGUACCGAGUAACUUUCCUGCAGAGCAGUUGCAAUGGAAACAUUUUUCACAGUGAUACCAUGCCAAAAUCCAGUUGACUCUCAUUGUAAUUAUUGCCAUUUAAUGGCUGUAUGGAGGGAAGUAAAGAGGCAGGGUGGGGGAAGCACCUAGAAAAACAGAUGGUAGCAGGCCUGUACAUCUACAAGACAAAUGUACUGUAAUCAGGGGACGUUGGAUUUGGCACCCAGGUGACAUGCUUUACUAGGGAGCCGAUGAUUGGCAAUCACAAAAUUCUUUCAUCCAGAAUUUUUUAUUUUGUAACACUGAUGUAGGUGUCCACGUAAAAUUGUAUUUUGACUGCUGUGAUUUCAUUCACACCCACAGAAGCCUUCCUGGCAGACAGGAUGCUGUUCUAUUAAGUUGGAUUUCUUUCGCCCAAAAAUUUAAAAGCCAAUUACUCUCGCUUAUCAGUGUCUCAAUGAAUUUGUAUGUGCCACAUAGCAACACAUCAUUUGUGUGUGUUGGUCAUGUAGUUACGAGAACUACUAUUUCAGGAAUCACUGUUCAAAUAAGUGCAAUGCUUGUGAUAUAUUGUGCAUUUAGUGAUUAUUUUAUUGAUUGUGGACAUUAGGGGUUUAACAGGCUGUCAAGGUAUCUCUCUUCAGAGUAAAACCCUGUAGCUUUAUUACAUUUGAUGAGUAGAAUUAUGCAUGAUUUAAAGCGAAAUUUGUGUGGAAAGGGUUAGAGGUUCCAGUAAAAGCUUCCCUUCAUAAGUCACAUGAAAACCAUUUUUAUCUUUUUUUGUAUUUGGGACUGCAUUGUUUUCUAAAUAUGAUAUUUCUUAACAUUGCCAGUUGUGAACCUUGUAUAGUUUGCGUAUUUUGUUUUUAUGUAUAUAACUAUCUUCCCACACAGAAUGUACUUUGUUAAAAUGUGUAAUAAAUGUAUAUAGCAACCUUUGUCUUGCUUCUGCAGGUAAGAUGUAAAUGUAUAAUAGUUGUGUUAUAUAGUCAUACUAUAUGGAAACCUUGGAAAGUUAUAAAGAACUAGUGUGUACUGAAUAUAACAGAUUAUUUUAGAUUUUCUGAAAAAUAUUAGAUGUCAGGACAUACCUGCUGUUAACAAAAAUUCUAAUCUGUUGAGUGAAGCCAUUCAUUGUACUGAAUUUAUCAUUGCUACUUUGCAACAUUUCUUCUGUAAUAGAAUAUAUUUGAUUACUCAUGUAUAUUAUAAUUUAUAUUGUCAUUGUUCUUCCAGUAAUUCAUGCAAUGUUGCAACUGUAGUAUUGAUGUAACAGGACAGUGUUUGACAUAGGCACAGGCAGAAUAGUUCAGGUGCAGACUAAUAGCAUUCAGAAAGAAGCGAAGGGAAAUAUGUAGGUUUCUGCAACCUUCUGCGUAUGCCAGUUCUUUCAAACUGCUGUUUAAAGGUUAUAGAAAGUGACAUGUCACCAUAUUUACAUUAUAUUGACUGUAUCCAUUUAAACAAUGUGAAAUAUGGAAUAUCUGAUGUAUUGUUGUAUUUCUCACGUUCUUCCUAAAGUUUGCUAUUUUGUAUGUAAUGUGACUCACACUCAUUCAGGUACAUUAUCUGUGUGUUGAGGUCCAUUCUGACAAUUUGUAGGUAUUCUAAAUUGACCAGAUUAUAUUAAUGUACAUUAUUCCUUACUUUUAAUUUUUUGAGACUGGUAAUUGUAAUUGUUUUAGUGCGACACAUAAGAGCUAAUUACACAAAAUGAACUAACAGCUAGAGACUAUCAGCAUUUCAUAAAACAAUGUCUAUUCAGUGAGUUCCACAGUGCAGUUUAAUACUCUGUUUUUGUUUAUAAACGAUAAAUUGAGUAAAACAAACCAAAUAUUCCCCCCCCCCCUCACACACACACACACACACACACACACACACACACACAGAGAGAGAGAGAGAGAGAGAGAGAGAGAGAGAGAGAGAGAGAGAGAGAGAGAUAUGCAUUGGUCCAGUCUUGGCUACAGCACAGGGACAGCCUAGUUCUGUGCACGAUACACAUCUAUUGUGCAUUCUGAAGAAUGAAGAAUGCAUGUUGUAAACUGGUCACGAGUGUAACUCAUUUUUACCUUCUGCAACUCCAACUCUUAUCGUAAGGAACAAAAUCAUCACUGUUUAUGUGAGAAGUUUUGUUUGCCAUUAUAGUUUUACAUAUUCAUAUGCAUCUCAAAAUUCAUAAUCUUUUGGCAUAUCCAGUUCCAAACUGAGCUUGUGAAUAAAUCUUGCUUUUAUAGUUUGUGUGUAACAGUUUACUUGGUUUAUGUGUGGUUUCUAUAAUGGUGCCCCAGUGUGUUGUGAUAGAGGCAACUAUCUUCACAUUAUUUGUCGAUGGACUAUGAAUUUUACAUUUGUGAAGUAAAACUGAUUGUGUUUUUAAUUUAUCUUUAGUAAAUUUUGUGUCAACCAUAAUUGUUACAAAAUAUGAAUAUAUGCAGAAAUGAGUAUUCGCAGCAUCUAUCCUGAAUUUAUAAUGUAUAAUUGUGUAAAGUGUACAGAAAUUGAAAAUUGUAAAGUACUAUGUUGGCAGAGUUUUAUUUGCCUUUUUCCAGAACUUGUUUGUUUAUGAGAAUCAUAACAUAAUUCAUUCUGGAAAAAAUGUGUUUUCACAGCUAUAUUUCAUACCUAAAAAGAAAUAUUUUUGUAAGAGUAAUUUGUAUCAUAAAAUGUACUUAAAUUUGCUACUACAUUUAUACAGUGUGUCCUGGGUACCCAUCCCCAGAAAUUAUUUUAGUCAAUUAUUUAUUUAUUUGUACUGCUGCAAAGCAGUAUUAAAUUAAAAUAAAUAAAAGGUUUAACAAUUGAA